AUGUCCUACAUGAACUGUCUGCUGUCGAGCUCCAGCAAGGAAGAGCUCAGGUGUACCCCCGGGGGCAGAGUGAGAAGCAAAUUGCUCCGCACCAUCAGCCCGAUGCCCGGAGCGACGCAUUACGAACCGGGCGCCAGCUACUAUUACAUCUCCACCUCAUCCGGAAAACACGACGGAAUCGAGCAAAAAUCGCACGGGCUUUGCCACUCUCAAAACCUGCGGUUGCGCGUCGACGUAGAGGAGAAUGCGCCGACCCAAGCCAGCUCUCCAACAGAAUCGACCGUGUAUAUCGAACAUCCUCGCGCACAGCCCUACAAUCGAGCCGUCCGACCGAGCAGCAUCGAGCCCACUUCUAGCGAGUCGGCCGAAGAGCGUCGAGCGCAAGACGUUCCAUUCCGACGGCCCGCUUCAAUCACUCCAGAGAAAAUGCAGCAGGUCAUCGAAUGGGCCCAGCAAGGCGUCGAGGGCGACUUUCGUUUUGGCAAUGAAGUGCCCGAACACACCUCCGGGAUCGAUCUGAAUCGUCCUGAUGGCGGCGCUGAAGCAUAUUACGUGGUCAAUGAGGAUGCAGCUCUCUACGCAUCGAAGACGUCGGGAACUCGAUUCUUAAUGCCUUUGUUGCUAUCAAUUGUUCUGCUAUUUCGG